UCAUUCAUCUGCGGAGACUUCAGUUUAAGCACGGCAUUCUUGCAGCUGACGGUGCAUUCUCAGCAGUGCCCUUCUCAGACACAGGAUGAAAGAUGGUUUAUUUUCCCUGUGAAAUGAUGGUACCUUAGGUCAUUUCCAAUCAACAUUUUGAAUAGGGUCUUUUACAGAUGGAAGAUAUUGUUCUUCGUACAUGACUGGAGUGUGGUUGCCUUUCUGAUAAGCUGCAGCCAUAAAGCAAAUUUAAUCCAGAAAGGAAGACUGGCGGCAGCAAUCAUUGAAUGCGUUGUUUACUGGUGUAAUAUAUGGGCUAUUGCUACGGCGAUUGCAGAGGUGAGGGGGGAAAUGCAAUAGGCAACCAUGGAUUUUAGUACUUCAUCAGUGUUUGAUCAACAGAAAGGCGAUUCGGCAGAAGAAUUCGACUUGACUCUGGUAUAUCAAGCAGCAGCUAAUGGGGAUAUCAACACUUUGACGGCUGUCAUUCGUGAAGAUCCCUCAAUAUUAGAAUGCUGUGACAGUGAUGGCUGUACUCCCUUGAUGCACGCCAUCUCAGGACGCCAGCUUGAUACAGUGAAAUUACUGCUGAAGAUGGGAGCCAAUAUCAACACCCAAGAUGCAUGUGGGCGCACUAGUUUAUCUCUGGCAACCUACCUGGGGUGGCUGGAAGGUUGCGUCAGCCUGCUGAGAAAUGGUGCCAAACAGAACAUCCCAGAUAAAAAUGGAAGAUUACCACUACAUGCUGCCACUGCUGAUCCCAAUGUCAGGCUUUUAUCUGUGCUGCUACAGCAAUCUGAUCUCAGCGAAAUCAACCACCAGGACAAUGAGGGGAUGACGUCUCUUCACUGGGCUGCGUUCCACAAUCGACCCCAGCACACGCAAAUCCUGCUGCAUAAAGGAGCUGAUCCGGUGUUGGUGGACAAAGAUUUUAAAACAGCUCUUCACUGGGCAGUCCAGAGCGGGAAUCGGAUCCUUUGCUCUAUCAUCCUGAGCCACCGCCAGGGUCCGUCGAUCAUAAACUACGACGAUGAGAACGGGAAGACUUGCCUCCACAUUGCUGCCGCUGCAGGAUACAGCGACAUUAUCAGUGAGCUGGCCAGAGUCCCAGAAUGCAACCUGCAGGCCCUCGACGUGGAUGACAGGACACCUUUGCACUGGGCUGCAGCAGCAGGAAAAGCUGACUGUGUAAAGGCCUUGUUACAACUGGGGGUGGAUUGCAGCCCAAGAGACAUCAAUGAGAACACCCCCCUGACAUAUGCUAUGUACUGUGGGCACACAGCCUGCAUCAAACUGCUGUCCCAAGAGAACAGAUCUGAGUUUGUCCAUCAAGUUUCCAACCAGAACAAUAAAUUCCUGAAGAAAGAAGGCAAAUUCAGCAUGCUUAACCAAAUCUUCUGCAAAAAGAAGAAGGAUGAUUGGAAGUCAAACCCAAAAGACAAGAAAAGAGAGAGAUCUCAGAGGGACGAAACCUCGGAGAUGGAUGACAUUAUCACCACAUUUGACUGCAUUAUGGAUGCCAGCUGCAAAGGUUCCUCUGAGGAAUGUGUCACAGCGAUUGACUUCAAACGAAGAAGCACGGACACCAAGAAGUACCUCAUCUCAGAGAAUAACCCCUCAGACUGCAAUGGCCUUCCACCAAUAAGAGCCCAGAGUCUCCCGCCCAUUACUGUGGGUCAUUCUUUUUUAACAGCUUCUCACACGACAACCCCUAGCAUGAAUUUGGGUACUGACAUCCAGCAUUUUGUACACCGGUCCCAAAAAAGCAGAAGUGAGCAUGAUUUGUCAGAUCAAAGGAGCAGCCGUCAAACCCUGGACAAUCCUUGGAAAGUUGACACCAACCAAAUACUCACAUGUAAAGUCUGGACAGCAAUGCCUUCUGAUAAUAAACUGGUAGACGGAUUGUACCCAGAAAGAUCCAGUCAUGUGCUGUUGUGCCCUCCCCAUCUUCCCCACCUGCCCAAUUCUCCAUCAGGGGAAAGCUUUCAACAAGCAAUUCUAGAACGACCCAAAGUAAAAGAACUAACACCCAUUCGGAACAACUUGGCUCCCAUACUAAACCACUGUGUUCAGAAAGCCCAGCUACCACCCAGCCAAGCUUCUCAGGGUGUCAAGGAGACGAAGUCGUUGUCUUUAAACUCCUUACGGACUGGCGCCUCUGUUCUCCCACCAGCACUUACCGCAAAAUCCCCCAAAGCAGGACUCUCUCAGAGUAAUUUGCUGUACUCUUUUUUACCAGUGCUGUCAGCAGAGCCUCUCCGAACAAGCCGAGUCCUGCCUGCCAUUCCAAGCCAGAAGGAACCCAGCCUCGCGGAAACACUUAACCAAUCACACUGCAAAUCAAACAGCGACAAUUAGCUGAAGAAUCCCGGGCCGUCCAACAACUGGCAGAUAAAAAAACAUUUGUACACAUUGCUUUCCAAUCCAUUGUCAAUGAGAGAGUUAGCAAACAGACUGUUUUAAAAUUCAUGCAGCACUUAUCGCAGCAAUCUAUUGGGGGCAUUUAUUUAACUUAAUAAUAUAUUGGGAAAGUGCUAGCAAAUGUGCUGUGGAAACAGAAGGGAGACAAUGAAAACAGAGUUUUUCUUAACUUUGUUAUUUAGGCCUGGGAGCCAAGCAAGAGUGCCUGUUAUCAGUGCCCAGUCAAAUGUACUUAAUAUUUAGCACAUGUACAUCUCUUUGAGGUCUGAUUUGCAUAUGGUGCCACCUUCAGGAGGCCACUCAAAAGGAUCUACCUGUGCAGGUACUCCAAACACCAGGCAUUACAUUUAUCUGAGUUGAAAGACAUACAUAUGCAGCAUUUAUAUGCCAGUAUUCUGUGGCCCAGAUGGCAGCCAUGUUCAUGUGCAAAUGCUCCAAAUUUAUCAGUCACCAUAUGGGCUAAGAACCUUUUAAACAGGAUGUCCCUUAUAUAAAGCAUGCACCCAGGUAAGUGCCUUUCAGAACUAUCCCCACACAAUGGUCUUGUUCAUUCAUCAUGAUAGGCUACAGGUUGUCUUCAACCAUGGUUUAAUUAAGAACGCCCCUGCCCUGCUUCUAUUCCUUCUUUGUAUUUUUCUGUUUUGUGGCUCAUGGUUUGUUUGAACCAAGAAAAUCAUGAUCCAGGUUCAGACGAUGAAAGCCAUACUAUGGCCUUUUUGGGUGCCGCGAGAUAAGCAGGAGAGGAAUGGCAUGGUAGGAAGCAAGCACAUUUAUGAUUAAAGAAUGGUUUAAGGCAAACAGGCUUGUUUUCCUGUGCAAACCAGGCCAUAUGGCUGACCCAGUUCAAUCAUCUCUAAGACCAUUUUGAAGGUUGCAUUGACUAGUAGGAGUGAAGCACACUUAACUUCCAGUGUUUUGUACCCUGAGUGUUGGCUAGGAUUUUCUUUUCUUUUCCCCCUUUUAAUUGGCAAAGGUUUUUUAAUAUAUCGAAACAAAAUAUAAACCAACGGUUAAAAAAAAUGUUGACUAUGACUGUAGAAAAUCUAUGAACUAUAAAUAAAACUCAUACUUUAUAAAUUUCUUGAUGUUGGAUUGUCAAGAAAUAUGCAUUUCCUGUGUUAGGAACUGUUGGUCCCUGUGAUCUCUGUGCUAAAUAUAGAGCAGAGAAGGGCAGACCAAUGAAGAGCAUUGCCUUUUCAGUUGUAUAGUUGACGAUUGCAAAAGAAAUAUAUAUAAUGUAUAUAUUUGCAAAUGUACAUUAUCUGCAUUCAGCAAACGCGCUUGGGGAUUUCUCCACACAAUCAGUUUAAACUUAUUUGUGGUGCUUUUUCAAGCCAUUGCAGCAGCACUGCUAUAUUGCUCUGUUCACAGUUACUCAGUUUUGCCAGCACCACCAUGACAAAUAAAGUACCGCUA